GUUCAUCAAAGUGGAUCCGGCUGGUCUCCAGUGUAUGUGGAAGAAAACCUGGGUGUGAUGUCAGUGGGGUUUCUGCUGAGCAGCCCUGACGAUGCUGUUAUUUGGAGAGGACCGAAAAAAAACGGGAUGAUUAAGCAGUUUCUUCGGGAUGUGGACUGGGGUGAAAUUGACUACCUGAUUGUAGAUACCCCUCCGGGAACUUCAGAUGAACAUAUAUCCAUAGUCCAGUUCCUCAGCAGCGCCAGAGUCGAUGGGGCUGUGAUCAUCACCACCCCACAGGAAGUGGCGCUCCAAGAUGUUCGGAAAGAGAUCAGCUUCUGCCGUAAGGUGAAGCUUCCUGUCAUUGGAGUGGUGGAAAAUAUGAGCGGCUUCGUAUGCCCCAAAUGUAAGAAAGAGUCCCAAAUAUUUCCUCUCACCACGGGGGGUGCAGAGAUGAUGUGCCGCACCUUGAACGUGCCUCUCCUGGGAAAAAUGCCUCUCGACCCUCAAAUAGGAAAAAGCUGUGACAGAGGCCACUCUUUCUUAGCUGAAGCACCCCAUUCUCCAGCCACCCUGUCUUGCAGGAACAUUAUCCAAAGAAUCCAGGACUACUGUACCCAGAACUCCCCACAGGAAGAAGACACGAUCUGAGUAACUGAGGAAUGUGGAUCCUUUGUGCAAAUCUAUAUAGGUGCAUAAACACGUUUGUGGAAAUAAAUACCUUUGAAUAAUA